AGCAGCUGGAGAUACAUGACUGAUGAGGAGUCACCAUAAUAUAAAUGAGCAGGGCUCUCUCUUUACAGACAAACUUGGACGAGACUCCAUCAAGCUGCUGAUCGGAUGGACAUCCACAGGAACAAGCUGACAGGGAGCCACGAUGACAGCGAAAGACGUUUUGAAGACUCUGGAGGAUUUAAGUGACGAGGAAUUCACAAAGUUCAAAUGGUAUCUGAAGCAGCCCGACAUCCUGGAAGGAUGGAAGGGAACCAUUAAAGUGUUCGAGCUGGAGAAGGCAGAAAGGCAGGACACUGUGGAUCUGAUGGUGAACGCCUAUAAUCUUCAUGGAGCUCUGAAGGUGACCAAGAAGGUUUUAGAGGAACUACCCAGGAACGACCUUGUGCAGAGUCUGCCAGACACCAGCUCAGGACCAGAAGGCAAUCCUGAUGCAGUUUGUCAGUUUAAACUUAAAUCUAAGCUGAAGAAGAAGUUCCAGUGUGUGUUUGAGGGGAUUGCUAAAGCAGGAAACCCAACCCUUCUGAACCAGAUCUACACAGAGCUCUACAUCACAGAGGGAGGGACUGCAGAGGUCAAUGAUGAACAUGAGGUCAGACAGAUUGAAACAGCAUCCAGGAAACCAGACAGACCAGAAACAACCAUCAGACAAGAAGACAUCUUUAAAGCCUCACCUGGAAGAGAUGAACCAAUCAGAACAGUGAUGACAAAGGGAGUGGCUGGCAUUGGGAAAACAGUCUUAACACAGAAGUUCACUCUGGACUGGGCUGAAGACAAAGCCAACCAGGACAUACAGUUCACAUUUCCAUUCACUUUCAGAGAGCUGAAUGUGGUGAAAGAGGAAAAGUACAGCUUGGUGGAACUUGUUCAUCACUUCUUUACUGAAACCAGAGAAGCAGGAAUCUGCAGGUUUGAAGAGUUCCAGGUUGUGUUCAUCUUUGAUGGUCUGGAUGAGUGUCGACCUCCUCUGGACUUCCACAACACUAAGAUCCUGACUGAUGUUACAGAGUCCACCUCAGUGGAUGUGCUGCUGACAAACCUCAUCAAGGGGAACCUGCUUCCCUCUGCUCGCGUCUGGAUAACCACACGACCUGCAGCAGCCAAUCAGAUCCCUCCUGAAUGUGUUGGCAUGAUGACAGAAGUCAGAGGGUUCACUGAUCCCCAGAAGGAGGAGUACUUCAGGAAGAGGUUUGGUGAUGAGAAGCAGGCCAGCAGAAUCAUCUCCCACAUCAAGAUGUCACGAAGCCUCCACAUCAUGUGUCACAUCCCAGUCUUCUGCUGGAUCACUGCUACCGUUCUGGAGGAUCUGUUGAAGACCAGAGAGGGAGGAGAGCUACCCAAGACCCUGACUGAGAUGUACAUCCACUUCCUGGUGGUUCAGUCCAAACUGAAGAAUGUCAAGUAUGAUGGAGGAGCUGAGACAGAUCCACAUUGGAGUCCAGAGAGCAGGAAGAUGAUUGAGUCUCUGGGAAAACUGGCUUUUGAGCAGCUGCAGAAAGGCAACCUGAUCUUCUAUGAAUCAGACCUGACAGAGUGUGGCAUCGAUAUCAGAGCAGCCUCAGUGUACUCAGGAGUGUUCACACAGAUCUUUAAAGAGGAGAGUGGGCUGUACCAGUACAAGGUGUUCUGCUUCGUCCAUCUGAGCGUUCAGGAAUUUCUGGCUGCUCUUCAUGUCCAUCUGACAUUCAUCACCUCUGGUGUCAAUCUGCUGGCAGAAGAACAAUCAACCUCCUGGUGGUCUAAAGUCUUCAGAGACAAACCUAAAGUAAGACAGUUCUACCAGAGUGCGGUGGACAAGGCCUUACAGAGUCCAAAUGGAUACCUAGACUUGUUCCUCCGCUUCCUCCUGGGACUUUCACUGCAGACUAAUCAGAAUCUACUACGAGGCCUGCUGACACAGACAGGAAGUGGCUCAAAAACCAAUCAGGUGAUGGUUGAGUACAUCAAGAUGAAGAUUAAAAUGACUCCCUCUGCAGAAAAAUGCAUCAAUCUGUUCCACUGUAUGAACGAACUGAAGGAUUGUUCUCUAGUGGAGCAGAUUCAACAGUCCCUGAGUUCAGGAAGUCUUUCCACAGAUAAACUCUCUCCUGCUCAGUGGUCAGCUCUGGUCUUCAUCUUACUGUCAUCAGAGAAAGAUCUGGAUAUGUUUGACCUGAAGAAAUACUCUGCUUCAGAGGAGGCUCUUCUGAGGCUGCUGCCAGUGGUCAAAGCCUCCAAGAAAGCUCUACUGAGCAGCUGUAACUUCUCAGAGAGAAGCUGUGAAGCUCUGUCCUCAGUUCUCAGCUUCCAGUCCUCUAGUCUGAGAGAGCUGGACCUGAGUAACAAUGACCUGCAGGAUUCAGGAGUGAAGCUGCUGUGUGCUGGACUAGAUAGUCCACACUGUACACUGGAAACCCUGAGGCUGUCAGGCUGUCUGAUCACAGAGGAAGGCUGUGCUUCUCUGGCCUUAGCUCUGAGCUCCAACCCCUCCCAUCUGAGAGAGCUGGACCUGAGCUACAAUCAUCCAGGAGACUCAGGAGUGAAGCUGCUGUCUGCUGGACUGGAGGAUCCACACUGGGGACUGGACACUCUCAGACUAAGUGGCUGUAACCUCUCAGAGAAAAGCUGUAAAGCUCUGUCAUCAGUUCUCAGCUCCCAGGUCUCUAGUCUGAGAGAUCUGGAUGUGAGUAACAACAACCUGCAAGAUUCAGGAGUGGGGCUGCUGUCUGCUGGACUGAAGAGUCCACAAUGUACUCUGGAAACCUUGAGGCUGUCAGGCUGUCUGAUCACAGAGGCAGGCUGUGCUUCUUUGGCUUCAGCUCUGAGCUCCAACCCCUCCCAUCUGAGAGAGCUGGACCUGAGCUACAAUCAUCCAGGAGACUCGGGAGUGAAGCUGCUGUCUGCUGGACUGGAGGUUCCGUACUGGAGACUGGACACACUCAGACUGUCCGCCUGCCUGAUCACAGAGGAAGGAUGUGCUUCUCUGGCCUCAGCUCUGAACUUCAACCCUUCCCAUCUGAGAGCUCUGGACCUGGGCUUCAAUUAUCCCGGAGACUCCGGAGUGAAGUUGCUGUCUGCCGGACUGGAUGAUCCACACUGGAGACUGGACACACUCAGUCUGAAUGACUGUAACCUCUCAGAGAGAAGCUGUGAAGCUCUGUUCUUGGUCCUCACCUCCCAGUCCGCAAGUCUGAGAGAGCUCGACCUGAGUAACAACAACCUGCAGGAUUCAGGAGUAAAGCUGCUGUCUGCUGGACUGGAGAGUUUACAUUGUAAACUGGAAACACUGAGGCUGUCAGGAUGUCUGAUAACAGAGGAAGGAUGUGCUUCUCUUGCCUCAGCUCUGAGCUCCAACCCCUCCCAUCUGAGAGAGCUGGACCUGAGCUACAAUCAUCCAGGAGACUCAGGAGUGAAGCUGCUGUCUACGGGAUUAGAGGAUCUGCACUGGAGACUGGACACACUCAGGGUGGAGCCUGCUGGAGUCCGAUGGUUGAGACCAGGUCUGAGGAAGUAUUCCUGUGAACUCACACUCGACACAAACACAGUAAACAGAUGGAUCAAACUGUCUGACAACAACAAGAAAGCAACACAUGUGGAGGAGGAUCAGUUCUAUCCUGAUCAUCCAGACAGGUUUGACACUUGGCUUCAGCUGCUGUGUGGAAAUGGUCUGACUGGUCGCUGUUACUGGGAGGUCAUUUGGAGAGGAGACGUUCAUAUAUCAGUGAGUUACAGAGGAAUCAGCAGGACAGGAGACAGUAAAGACUGUGUGUUUGGAGAGAAUGAUAAGUCCUGGAAUCUGUUCUGCUCUCAUGAUGGCCAUUACUCUAUCUGGCACAAUAACAGAAGAACAACCUCCUCCUCCUCCUCCUCCUCUAACAGAGUAGCAGUGUAUGUGGACUGUCCUGCUGGCUCUCUGUCCUUCUACAGAGUCUCCUCUGACACACUGAUCCACCUCCACACCUUCCACACCACAUUCACUGAACCUCUUUAUCCUGGCUUUGGGUUCAGAUGGUCUGCUUCUUCAGUGUCUCUGUGUUCUCUGUAGGAGGGAGAGUCUCUUCUAGAUCAGUUGAGUGUGUACAUGUUCACACUUCCAGUGUAGCAAUGUAUUACAGAAUUCUUUAUUUAAAAAUGUUUUAAGUCUCAGCUCAAAAACGCAAAAAAAACACAAAAAAAAGCAAAAAAACACAAACUCGACUGUUACAGCGAAAGAAAUGAAAACCUUCAGUGGGCUGUGUGUCACUAUGGGCAUUCUUCAGCUGCACGCAACGAGAGACUAUUGGCAAAAAAUCAGUCUUAGAUCUAGUUACUAGUUCGAUGUUUUCCAUAGGUUUUACAUAUAUUCUGUGUUCUGUUUCCGUCAUCCUGGUCCGUUGUUUGUUCUAGUUUUAGUCCACUUGUCAGUCUUGUCAGUCUGUUCAGUCCAUGUGUCUUGCCUUGCUUGCUGUUUUGUUCUGAAGUAGUCUGUGGGCCUUUUUUUUUUAAUUUCCCACAUUUUUCUUAGUCCCUCCCACCCGAGAUGCGAGCCAAGGAGCGAGGAGUCAAGGAAACAGGCAUUUAAUGAAAUGAGAUCUCCUUGCCUCGGAACAGUCAUUUUAAAGCGACGUCAGUUAAAUAUGACCUGUUGCACAGCUGCAUCAGUUGUCCACUGUUUGAGCUGUGAUCUUUGUCAGAGCAGCAAACCAGUAUGGGAUGAAUAUCCUGCCAUCAAAAAAAAAAAAAACUUAUGAAAGAUUGAAACUAAGUGUUUGAAAACUCAAAAUUUUACCAAAUAAAAUCUCUGCAAACA